AUGUCCAACUUGCCAUUUACAAGGCCUCCACAAGAGGGAAACAGCCGAAGGCUCUUCGACGUAGAUAACACAGUCCCUCCACACAAAAUUGGUGUCUCAGAGGUUGCAACAAAUGGAACAUUUUGCAGCAACUUGACUAGUGCAGCUUUCGUAAGGCACAAGUAUAAGAACUAUAAUAUAUGGAGCACCGUCAAAGCAACACUUACCACGUUUGGUUCGCCACACUUUAUAGUUUUCACUGAGGAAGACUACCACAAGAUGAACGAAACUUUCAUGCGCUGUCCUAUGAAUAACGGCCAAGGUGGCGUUUCUAGUAGUAGCCAGGCCCCUGUGCCCCUGACUUGCUGACAAGAAUAACGGAUUAAUAAACAAGCAAUCUGCUCUCCGUGAAAACUAAAUAAAUAGUUUUUUCCAUCUUU